AUGCCAAGGAAAUACAAAAGAAAGGAGGGCGUACGAGCUCGAGUAGUUUCUUGGACAACAGAGCAGCUACAAUCAGCUUUCCAUGAAUUGGAUAAAAAAGAAUUGGGUAUCAAUGAAAUAUCCAGACGAUUUGGGAUUCCAUCCAGAACAUUGCGAAGGCGUUACGCUAUUAAAAACCAAACUAAGCUAACUUUGGGAAAACAUCCUGUCCUGGGUUUUGAACACGAAAAAAGGUUGGUAGCGCACAUUUUGAAGCUUAGCGACGCGGGAUUUCCCCCAGAUAGACGAGCUAUACGUACGUUAGCAUACCAAUUUGCCGAAAAGCUACAGAUUCAACACAAUUUUGAUAAUGAAAACCAGAUGGCUGGGAAUGAAUGGUUCAAAAGUUUUAUUGAGCGAAAUCAAGAGUUGUCUAUUAGGCAAGCAGAAGGCUUAUCUGUCGCUAGGGCUAAAGGUCUUAGCAGAGAAGAAGUGAAUAAUUUUCAUGAACUUCUGACAAAAGUCCUGGCCGAUAAUGAUCUCUUGGAUAAGCCUGAAAGGAUUUAUAAUAUGGACGAAUCAGGAGUUCAGCUCAACAAUAAGCCUGGCAAAUUUGUUGCAAAGAAAGGUGCAAAAGUAGUAAAUUCAGUUACAUCUGUGGAGAAAGGUGAAACAAUGACUAUCGUAGCCUGUUGCAAUGCCAUUGGUAAUUUUAAGCAUUUUAUAUUACCUACACAUGAAGAUAAUAAAUAA